CGAGUUAAGAAGUUUGGCACUGGUAUGUGAAUUUGGUUCAGAAAUGGAAAAUCUUCUCAGGGAUAUGCUGGUAAUCGGUGUAGUAGAUAAACGAAUUCAAGUAAAAUUACUUAAUCAGUACGAACUUGAUCUAAACACGGCUUUAGAAAUGUGCAGAGUGCAUGAAGCAAAUGUAAAGGAAGAGGAGAGAUUGAAAACAAUUUAUGACAACGCCAAACUCCAAGAUAAAAAUCAUUAUAAAAAAAAGAGAAACAAAAAAGUUGAAGCUUGCUUCGGAUGUGGUGUAAAUCAUAAACCAAGAUGCACAGCGGAUAGGCUUACUAAUAAGAAUAAUAAAAAAUCCACGGAAGAAACACUCUCCUACAAUCUCACAAAACCAUCAAGACAGAGUUCUGCAGCCACUGAACCAAAAACUUGCAAUCAAUGCAAACAAGUCAUCCAGGGAGGAGUACUAACAGCCUUAGGCCAAACAUGGCACCCAGAACAUUUUUGGUGCAAUGAAUGUAAGGAACCAAUCACUGAAGAAAAAUUCCGAGUUAACGAUGGCUUUCCAUAUUGUACGCCUUGCUUUUCAAAAUGUUUUGCUCCGAAAUGCCAUGCUUGUGACGAGCCAAUUAUGGAUAAAUGUGUGCAGGCUAUGGGCGUAAAUUGGCACGAGGAUCACUUCGUUUGCAAAGAUUGCAAAACUAAGUUGAUCGGAACUCAAUUCAUGGACCUUGGUGGGGUUCCCCAUUGUCAGAAAUGCUACAUCGCCAAACAUGCUGAUAAAUGCAAGGGAUGCAGCAAACCAAUCGCAGACAAGGCCAUCAUCGCACUUGAUGCAAAAUGGCAUCAAAUGUGCUUCAGAUGCUCGAGAUGUUCCAAGCCAAUCAUGAAAGAUCAGUCAUUCCAAGUAGAUGCCGGCAAACCCCAUUGCGUCAAAUGUUGAAAUAGAUACCAAAACACCAGCUUAUUGCUACAUAUACAUGUUUAUCACAAAGAUAACAAUUUAUCGUAUUACCAAUUGUUAACUUUGACUAGAUUUUGUUUAUUACAUAUGCACACUUUAUCUAUUAUUUUUACAGGACUGUACACGUCAUGUUACUAAUUUUGUUAAAAUAUCAUAUUAUUAUGUAAUUUAUUAUAAAAUCAUACAUUGUGAUGCUUGCAUGCAUGAUGUAGAAAUAAAGGAUAAAUCCAUAUAUACA